CCCUUUUAAAAGCUCCCAUUUCAGGUGUCCUCAAGCGAUAUUCGGACAGAACUAUCAGCGACCAACACGUCCCUUAUAACGGAGAUAUCUCUUAUCUUCACCCGAGUAGUGCUAGGAGACUCGGGGACGUAUCAAGCUGAGGUAGUGUUCCCUGAGAGGACCUCAAAACACAACUUUAAUGUGAACGUUAACAAGUUGCCUGCUCCCUUCAGAGUGCUAGAGUCUUAUGUCAACUACAAUGUUGUUGUUGGGUUCACUGGGAUGCCGCCUAAUUACAAGUCAGUCACGUGGCACUACAAGAAAAACAGUGACCGAGGAAUCUUUGUCCAACUCUCUGAAUCCAAUUCAAAGCUCGUGUUGAAGGAGGACACACUUGAGUUGAACAGCGUUCAACUUAGUGACCAGGGGUACUACAUAGCUCAACUUCUCUACCCAGGCAGCAUUAGGUACUACGUCACAUAUCUGCAAGUUAACUUCCUACCGGGAGGGGACGCAAUAGUUAUCGGUUACGAGGGACAGAACCUCACUCUCUCUGUAAACAACAAGGACGAUGCCCUCUUUUACACCUGGACCUACUUCAACAGUACCACAGGAACUCAGCUAGUUGAUGGACCCAGACUCAAAAUCCUGUCCAGAUCUCUGUAUUUCACCCGGCUUGUAGAUGAGGAUGAUGGUUACUACAGGAUCAACAUUUACUUUGACGGGGGACGGAGGGACGAGAGUUUCAUCUUCCAGCUGAUAGUUCUAGGAGCUGGGGAUGUAAACCAGCAGUGCCCUUCUACCAUGAGGUUCUACGAGAAAGACUGUGCCCCGUGCCAGGAAACUUGCUCUAACGACAAAUGUCUAUUUGAGUGUAGGUCAGGGGUGUGCGCGUGUCCCGCCAACACUCCCGUCUACUACCAAGGCAAGUGUAUCUCCCGAGACAAGUGUCCCAAGAACCCCGACUACCCGUGUACUCAGUUCGGAGUAGAGGGGUAUGUGUACUAUGGUAGUAAUGAGUGUGCACCGUGCCCUUCUAGCUGUGAUAACAGUGACGUCACCAGCUCCACCAGUGACGUCACCAGCACCACGUGCACGUGCAUGAGGAACACGUGUGCUUGUCCUGCUGAUAAACCUAUAGAGUACAAAGGGCGGUGUAUCAGCAAGGACGACUGUCCUAGCCAGCAGUGUGGAGGUGAGUCCAACAUGGUGUUGUACGAGAGCGAGUGCGCUGUGUGCAACAAGACAUGCUCCCAGGUGGACACCUCCUGUUCUGCAUCCUGUUUAACUGAUGUCUGUGGGUGUCCGUCUCACAAACCCUAUCUUAACCCUGAUGGUUGGUGUGUGAGCUAUGACUACUGUGUGGACUCUAAACCUACAGUUUGUCCUAAUAACCAGGUGUUUUACGAGCAGUGUGCUCCAGCUCAGAGGAGAUGUGGUGAGGAUGUCUCCGUGCUUGACAUGAUCUCUGUGGGGUGUAAGAACAAGGUUUGUGCUUGUCCUGAGAACAAGCCGUACUUUAUAGAGGGGGUUUGUAGGUCGUUCUGUCUUGGUAUCUCCGGACCUGUUGGUGGUGGUAAAGAGGUGAUGGUGGUGAAGAUUGUUUACCAGGUUGUUGGUGAAGCCCUCACGUUGAUUCUCCCUGAUAAAAACUCAAUCAGAAGAACAAGGUGGUUUCUUGAUCAGACUAAACUGAGUUCAAACACCAAGUAUAUUGUUACUGAUUCCUUCCUGACUAUCAAGGUUCUAGGUGAGGGUGAUAGAGGCACAUACUUUGCUAAUGUCACCACUAACACUAAGGAUGAUUUCUCGUAUGUCUUCCGAGUGUUUCCUCUUCAAAAGACAGACUACUACGUUUGGUUUCAGCAAAACCCCCUUACAAUCUCCACGAGAUUAGAUCUAAAUCAACCUUUAGUCUGGCUUAAAAAUGUCAACAGUACUUUAGUCAAUGUAGAGGAUAAGCUCAUGUACCUUCAAAAGAAUUUUGGAGAUCUUACAUUCGUGAACCUACAGCUUACUGACACAGGACACUAUCAUGCAAUGUACUUUGACCCAGACACAAACAAAAUAACUGUCAAAGUGUUCAAUGUUGUAGUAAUAAAGCAGCCGAAAUUACAAACUAAAACUUGUAAGGUAAGGGAAGAUUGUACAAUCUCAGUUGAUCUGUAUCCUGGUUGGAAGCAGGUUGACUGGUACACUGUGUUUCACGGGGUUAAGAGUUUUUAACCAUUGACAACUCAAAGUACAGUCUAACAAAUGGACAGCUGACAAUCUCGGAGGUUCUAAAAGGAGAUGAUCGGAUCUACUACGGACAAGUUACCUACCACUCCAGUGACAGUUACCUGAUAACUUACCCUUGGAAUGUGGAUGUUAUCCCAACUAAACCAAACCUGGGUCUACCACUUUGUAAUGGAAAGUCUAUCUGUGAGGUGGAAGAAGGUUCCAACAUCGAGCUUAACAUACCCAACACGAUAGGCACUGGAGACGUUAUAAAAUGGUACUACACCAUCAGCGGUGUGAGGUAUCCAAUAACGUAUGUCAAUGGAAGAUUCUAUAUAAAGCAGGGUGGAAUGUUUGUUGAGAUCAGUAAUCUCAAACAGUCUGAUAGCGGGCAAUACUACGCAGUGGUGACCUUCUCGAAUGGAACUGAUGUUACCAUUAACUACGAGAUAACAGUCACUAACAAGGUGACAGGAACUACAUUUGUUGAAGUAGGGUUUGAUCCCUGCUGGGAGAACUCAGGGGAUGACUGCAUGAAAGAAGCCCAGUGUGGCUGGUGUGCUGAUGGUAGUUGGGGUGACUACAGGUGCAUGACUAGUAAUAGCAAGCGUAUUGAAGCUUGCAAGGAGGUGAUAAACCCUACACCCACUGUACAGACUACAGGUGGGACGAAUCUAGGAGACAGCGACACUACAGUUCAGUUGUCUCCUAACCAGUUGUCUCCUGCCCAGGUGCUCGUCAAGAUGAGACCAGGACAGUGUGCGGAGGUUGAGACUUUUGCUCGCUCUUCUAACAAUCACCCGUUAGAUGUUGUUAUUUUACAGCACCAGGUACCCUCGGUAAACAGAGGCUUGUUUAAUUUUAUGGUAAAAGAUCUGGUUUUAACCUUGUCAUCACUUGCUAACACUACCUACUUUGGAUACGGGACUUUCUCUGACAGAAACACAAUCCCGUACGCUACAGAGCAUAAGAAUUACUCCGACAAUCCUUGCAUGGCUGAUGGUACAUGCAGUGAAGCCCACGCUUUCAGAGCCCUCAACUACCUGGAAAACAACGACAAGAUUUACAAACUAAUCCUGGAGACCAUGUACACCAACGACACUACCUCUCAAGGAAACGCCGCUUUUGAUGCACUUUACCAGAGUUUGAUAUGUAACCAGAUGGGUUGGAGAGAUUCCAGCAACAAGAUGGUCAUAGUUGCACUCUACAAUAAUCCUCACAUAGCAGGAGAUGGAAAACUGGGUGGGUUCGUCCAGCCGUUUGAUGAAGUUUGCCGGACUGGCAGCACUAGAAAGUAUGGGUUUACAACCGAUUACCCCUCUAUAGUACAGGUGGCAAACAUGCUGCUCAGGAACAACACCAUCCCUGUGUUUGUAGUGUCAAGUUCUGUGGAUAAGAGGAUGCUGAGGGAUAUGAUACCCAACUCAAAGGUUUUCGACCUAUCAGCCGCUACUAGACUAGAUGAAGAGAUCAGCAGCUACUACAACUCAUUAGUGUCCAACCCUUCUGUUACCCUGGUGGACAUUCCUCCUGGAGUCAAUGUUUCCUAUAUAUGCCAUCUCACAGGAGAUGCCACUAGAAGUUGUGAUAAUGUAGAUAAAGAAAGUGACAUCACUUUCAAGAUGAAAGUUUGUGUCAGCCACUGUUUGGAAACUAAAGAGGAAACUCUUCUUAACUUCCCUGCUUACGGUCAACUCAAACUAGAGGUUGAAACAGUGUGCACUCUGAACCUGCCCACUGAGCCUGUCAGCGUGAAGUGUAACAAACAGGGCAGCUACCAAGGUGGUUCCUGCUCCUGCAAGUCAGGCUGGGUGGGAGCUAAAUGUGACUGUAAAGUUGGGGAUCUUGGUAAUGUGACUCAGUGUGUUAACCCUAGGGUUAGGUCCAGGAAUAGGGUGCCCAUGUGCUCUAGUAGGGGCACUUGUCAGUGUGGUCGGUGUAAAUGUGAAGAUCUCACGUACGGUGACUAUUGUGAGUGUGACCAUGGGAACUGUCCUAAAGGUCGAGUGGAGGGUAAAAACACCAUAGCUAUCUGCUCCGGUAGAGGAACCUGUAUGUGUGAGGAAUGCCUGUGUGCUGGUGGGUACUCGGGAGAAGCGUGUCAGUACAGUGAGAAGCAGUGUAGGGACAGUUCCAAUGUGAUAUGUGGACGGCACGGUGAAUGCCAGAACGGGAGAUGUGUAUGUGACGGUGGGUACAAAGGAAAACACUGUCAAACCUGCACUGUCUGUACUUCCUGUGAAGACUUCGAGACAUGUGCUACCUGUAUCUUUGAUAAGGGGUUCAACAAAUGUACCUCACAGUGUCUCGGCACUACUGUUAUCAACAAACCCUCGUUAGACCAGAUCCCAGCCGGUACACGAGAGUGCACGGUGGUAGUGGACGAUUGUCAGUAUUAUUUCUACCACAAGAGCAGUAGUUUCUUUUAUCUGGACACUGCUUCUGAAGAAUGUGUUGAAGUGGGUGCAGCUGGUGGAGGAGUUGCAGCUCCGGGAGGGACAGGAGGGACAGUAGCGGGUGUUGGAGAGGAUGACGGUAAUAUGGCUCUCUUGCUAGCUGUUGGCAUCAUACUGGGGAUACUCUUCUUGGGGAUACUCCUUCUCAUCUGCUGCAAAGCAUGUUGUUGUACUCCUGGUUCCUGCUUACUAACUGCCUUUCCCUGUUUGGCUGACUUGAUACGGAGAUGUGGAGGUGCCUGUUCGUCCUUCUGUUCCUGCUGUAAACAGGAUCAGGACAAGUACGAGGCACUUACCAGUGGAACAGGCAUUCCAGAUGUGGUGGAUAAUCCAAUUUAUGAACCUAAAAAUAAAGAACUGACGCCUGAUGGAGAAGACCCUGCAGCUGGUCCAGUCGAAAUUGACGGACCAGCAUCUAAUACCUACGAGGCCCCUUUGGAAAACGAUAGGGAAGAUGAGGCCCCUUUGGAAAACGAUAGGGACGAUGAGGCCCCUUUGGAAAACGAUAGGGACGAUGAGGCCCCUUUAGAAAUCAAUAGGGACGAUGAGGCCCCUCUGGACAUGGGAAGGGAUGAUGACGGUUCACUGGAGAGUGAAAAACCUGCUGAUCCGAAUAGAGGAGCAAUGGCUCCUUUAGGACCCGGCUCUGAUGUAAACCCUCACAGUCUAGCAGAUAUUGACAGCAUUCAGCACGACAGCACGCCUAACGGAGGUGACGCGAUGUCUAACAUAGCAGGUGUUUCUCAUAUGUCAUGUGGUGUUAUCACUGCUCCUCAGAGACACCCACCAGAGGUAACUGAGUCUGUGGAGCAUAUUCCUGGUUCUGAUGGGUCUGCAGCUAAGGACAUUCCAGUGAAGAAGGGGGGCGGAGGUAAGGACAUUCCAGUGAAGAAGGGAGGCGGAGGUAAGGAUUUGCCUAACAAGAAGGGAGGUCCUGGACAGAAUUCUUUAAAACCUAGAGACUGGGGAGGGGCUGAUGGAGGAGCGUCUCAAUUAAGCUACGAUCCGGACGAGGAUAACUUUGAUGUGGACUUCGACCAAGAGAGUAUGACAGAUACUGCUCCUUCUAAGCAGUUCAGCUGGAUGAAGACACUCACUCCGAUAAAUUCCCUGUCUGAUAUAGAUUCUAAUGCGCACCACGAUCACAAGAUAAAGUCGUUCGAAUCGCUGACAGACACCACAAGUGAUACAUUCAAGACUAAGAAAAAGAGACGAGAGUCAAGAAUGGUUACAAUCCCUAAAUCUGUUAUAGUUGGCUUGGGAAAGAUCCCAGACGCUAAAGCAGGGAUAGAAUACGAUCCUACCGUCCUGAGAACACGGCGGUUAUCUAGCACUACCCACGAGAUAAAUGUCAAUGUGAGGAACAUUCCUUACCCAGACAUCGUCAUUGACGAUGUGGACCAUGAUUUGGAUAAUAUUUACAAGGAUAUUGACUCUAUGAGAAAUCGCGGAACCACUACAAAAACAAUUGAGAAGCACAUCAACUUUGUAACGAAUACAACGAAUAUAGAGACUGAUGUUGAGAAGGCGCUGAAGGACGAACAGAAGAAGUUGAAACAGUUGCAAAAGGAAAUAGAGAAAGAGAGGAAGGGAUUAGAGAAAGAAAAGAAGAGACAGAACGCAAGAGAUCAAGAAAACGAUGAACAAGAUCGGCUCAAUGCAAUACUGGCUGCAGUGACGGACAACCGAAAUGUAAAAAGCAUUUCGGUUGUUCAACGAGGUGAUAUAAGCAGGCUGCCAUCUAAGAUAAGCGAAGGCAGCGACGAAAGAGACAGUGAGGAAUCUAGUGGUACAAUCUCAGCUAGAAAGCUCGUAACUAUUUUAGCUAAACACAACAUAAAGUUGGACGAUGACGACAAAUUGGAGUUGAUGGAAAGUUUUACACUCAAGGGCAUGGGUGGGAACAACGAUCUUAUAGAGGAAAUGGUAACCGCCAAAGCUGCACAACUUAAGAGAGUUGAGGGAGGCGACGAAGGAGCUAUAAUGGAUCUCAUCAGGAGCAAAGUGCUCACCUCUGGCGUGGCUUUACCUGAUGACAUCGAAGGAAAAGUCCUGAUGGGAUUACAGAAGCAGAUAACUAUUGGACAAGCUGGGAUAAGUGCUGCCUCCAGAGGCAGAUUUGUUUCAGAAAUGCUGGAGAAACUAAGAGAUGAAAUCGCGGGUGGAGGUGGCCUGGUUCUCUCAGCUGAGCAGAUAUCUUCAAUGAUAGCUAGGGUAUCUGGGAAACUGUCUGUCAAACUGUCUAUGCAGCAAAACUUGUCACUUUUUGAGGCUAUAAAAUUCAAGGUGGCAGAGAGAGGAUUGUCAAUGGGAAUGUUAGAACAGUGGGUUACGAAGAUUCUUCUAAAAUUCAAAGUUUCCAACAGGAUUGAUUUCGGUUCGGAGGUAGCAUCUCUUCGUGCAGCUUUAGAAAUAAAGAUCGGUGCAAGUCUGGGAAUAUCUUUUGAUGAUGAUGAGUCUGGAAGAGUAUCUUUGGAGCAAAUUCAAGCUAUCUUGGGAAAGCGAAGAAUUUCCCUGUCCUCUGAGGAUAUGGUGGAGUUGAUGGCAAGUGUAACAAUACGAGGGAUGACUGGAGAUACUGAGCUAGUUGAGCAAAUGAUCGUAUCAAAAGCAUUGCAACUAAGGGCCGUAAAAGGUGGCGAUGAUGAAGCAAUAGGAGAGCUCAUUCGCAGCAAACUGGUAGGGAGUGGUUUUGCUUUGCCUGGGGACAUGGAAGGGGAAUUUAUCGCAGGCUUGAAGCAAAAGAUGACCAGUCAGCAAGUUGGAGGAAGUGCUGCUUCAAGGAGUAAAUUUGUUGCUGAAAUGCUUGCUAAGUUAAAGGGUGACAUUUCAAGUGGUGGAGGUAUAGUGAUGACGGAAGAACAGAUGUUGUCCAUGAUAACCCGGGUGUCAAGCAAAUAUUCCGUAAAACUCUCCGCACAACAGUUCCAGUCACUGAUAGAGGGGAUCAAAGUAAAAGCUGCCCAACAAGGUUCAAGUGAAGGAAUGCUGGAGCAAUGGGUUACUAAGAUACUUCUAAAGUUUAAGGUAUCAAAUAAGAUCGACAUUGAAUCAGAGAUCUCAUCUCUACGCGGAUCUCUUCAGCAGAAAAUAGGAACCAGUUUGGGUUUGUCAGGAUUUUCUUCUGCUGGCCUGACCGCUGCUGGUGGAUCUACAACUAUGAGAAGAGCUUCGGUAGUAUCAUCCACAGCUUCUAUCCAGAGAUAUUAGAAGACACCUGGUAUUGGAUCAGAUGACAGCCGAUGCUCUCUUAUGACAACAUACAAUUUCUCUUCAUAAUCAUUAUCAGCUUUGCCAUGAUAAGAAACUGUGUAUAUCUGUACUUGAUUAUAUCUGUGCCUCGAGGGUACCACGAGAGUGCCAUCGGGAUCCGGAUGUAUGACCCUUGAUUAAACUGAAGUAAUAUCUAAAACUUAGAUCCGAUUAACUAUUUUUACUCAUUCCUAUCACCAUUAUCUUGAGAUGUGACUGAACACCAAAAAACCUGCUGAAAUAAUUAACUUUCGUUAGUCAUAAUUCUUUUAUGAUUUUUCAAUAAAUGCAAAUGAUGAAUAAUUAUUAUAGAUAUCAUUAAUCAUUGAUAUGUUUUUUCAUAUCCA